AACUGUCAUUUCAGGAUUAUUGUGUGUAAACUAGAGGUAUACUUUAGAUUUUGCUUUCGAAGCCGAUAAACAUAACCUGUUUGGUAAAAUAAACUAAGAAUCUUACUUCAAUUAACUGAAAUGGCUCAGACAGCUGGACCCGCAAAUCAAUCCACAUUACUGCCAUUAGAAUUGGUCGAUAAAUGCAUUGGAUCACGAAUUCACAUAAUCAUGAAGAAUGACAAGGAAAUGGUUGGAACAUUGCUAGGAUUCGAUGAUUUUGUCAACAUGCUUCUGGAAGAUGUGACCGAAUACGAGCGGGAAGAAGGCGGCGGACGCAGAGUGACAAAAUUGGAUCAGAUCUUGUUGAAUGGCAACAAUAUUACGAUGUUGGUUCCUGGUGGCGACAUACCGGAUACAUCGACAUAAAUUAUUGCGUAAUGUAUUGCAGUUGAGUGGCGAAUAAAGAAAUUGUUUUCGAAUUAUC